CAGAAAGCCAAGCAGGCAUGGCGAGAUUCCGCGCCCUGGAGCUGCUCGGGGUGGCGCUCUCUGCGUGCGCGUGGAUAUUCACGCUGGCGGCCACGCUCAGGUCGGCGUGGCUCACCCUGUCCAGCGAGCUGCUGCCCAGCGAGAGCUACGAGCUGGGCCUGUGGGAGACGUGCGUGGUGCAGGACGUGCAAGGCGCCCUCCUGUGCCGACGCCACGACAGCCCGCUGGCCCUGCCGCGCUACAUCAAGCUGGCGCGCGUGCUGCUGUGCGCGGCGCUGUGCGCGGGCCUGCUGGUGCUCGCGCUCGCCAUCCCGGGCCUGCACGCGGUCAACGCGCCGGUGGACGGCCGAGCCAAGAAAGCGGCCAAACUGUGCGGCGGCGCGCUGAGCAUCGCCUGCGCGCUUCUGGUGCUCGUUCCGGUGUCGUACGUGGCCCACGUCGUGGCGCGGCGCUUCUUCGACGAGUCGCUGCCGGAUGUGGCGCCGCGCUGGGAGUUCGGGGACGCGCUCUUCUGCGGGUGGACCGCGGGCGUGCUGCACCUGAUGGCCGGGGCCGCGCUGCUCGCCUCCUGUGCGAACCUGCCCAACCGUCACCCGCCCGCCUCUCCGGAUCGUCUGCAGCCAGGACCGAGAUCGGAGUACGUCUGAAAUCCGCAGACUCGAACGCUUGUCCCCAACCUUUAUUGGGCCGAUUAGUUAAGGCGCACCCAACGAAAAAAGGAAAUCCAUCCUCAAAUAACAAUGAUAAACUUUCCUUAUUCACAGUGUGAUGAAAUAUGGGCCUGUUCAGGUGGACACAAAUCCAAAAAGAUCAGAAAUAGAAGCUUGUAGAUCAGCCGCUGCACUUUGCAUUACAUCACACACUAACAAUAUCACAAAGAUAUUCUUACUGAAAUAAUAAUGCUCUCAUUUACAAAUCUAAUCGCUGUUAUAGCUCGAUGAAGAAAUAAACUGUACAUUUUUUUGCAGUAAAUAAAUAAUGGCUUUUGUGAAAAUGACAAAAUGUAAAAUGUAAUUAUUUUCCAUCGCUGGGAAUUCCUAGUUCCAAGUAAUAAUUCACACAAUUCAUAAAUUUCUUCAAACUUGUA